CUGCGAGCUCUUGACUCCGUAGGACCCUGAGCUCUCGCGAGAAGUCCUCCCGUGGACAGCGGCCGCAGCCGUUGUCUCGCGAGAGGACGGGGCCGCGUUCUUCCGGGUGAGGCUGGUGGGCGGCCGGGCGCAGCUCCGCGCGGUGCUGAGGGCGGGAUUCCUGCGAACCAUGGCGUCCGCGUUCUCCGUCAGCGCCUUCCCCGUCAGCAUCCCCGCCGUGAUCAUGCAGACAGACUGGACCGAGCCGUGGCUCCUAGGGCUCGUGCUGUUCCACGCGCUCUGCCUGUUGCUCACCUGUGUCUCCUCGCAGAGGUACAACCUGCAGGUCGGACAUUUCCUGUGUCUAGGUGAGUGGCGCCGAUCCGCAGCCCUGCACCGGGUCGCCCGGCGGCAGGUGCUGUGCCCCGCCCCGCCUUACAUCUGGCCUUCCGGGAGGAGUCUGCUCUGACUCCGGGAACUCGGAAGAUGAAGUACCUUCAGCGCUGGACUUGAGGGGUCUACCGAGUACCUUCUGCGGGCCAGGGAGGUGCUAACCGCGGUCUGCAGGGACGCGUGUGGCUUACUGCGUGCUGACUGCCUUUUCACGGGGUGCUUCCUCCGUGAUCUUAGUCCUGCGUUGCUUGCUCUUGGGAGAGGAGUGCACACUUGAAAGCGAAGUUCGGAGCAUGAAAGAAUUUUCCCAAUUAGUUUUGAAGAUAAGAGCUACAGGAAUGCAGAGAAGUAGUAGAUUUGCUUGAUUGGCAAAGGUUUCACAGAAAAAGUAGUCACCCAGUGCGUGAAGUGUGGAUACAGGUGCCCACGUGAGGGCAGCAGGCAGCAGCCCCUGAUGCCCAGAGACCGGGCUGGCGGGAAGGAAGCACGGGUCAGGGUCAGGGUCAGGGUCAGGAGCCGCCAGCCCUGCAGGAGCUGAGCCUUCCUGGUGCAGCGUGCAAGUGCUCUGCACACAGGUGUGCUGGGGCCGCGCACGGUCGGUGCUCCUGGGUUUGCGACCUGGGAAGGGUGCUGAAGUUUUGCUUGAUUGUUAACCCCACAGCUGACUUGGAUAGAUUUGGUUAGUUGGCUGUGUGCAGGGUAGGAAAUCUGGACAGAUUAUUAGAAAGGACAGAGUGAAUUAACGGGUCUGUAUUACAGAGAUAAUCCGUACAAAUAAUGGAUGGGCAGUGCUGUUACUUUCAUUUCUUCCCAAGAAAUUAUUUAUUAGGAGUGUGCUAAGGAGUGCUAGGGUAAAUGGUGCCAAAGUGCAUUUGCUUCUUCACUUGACAGAGCUCCACCAGGUCCCCAGCACAUAGCAAAUGCUCACCACUAACUCAGCUGUUGCCACCUGUGACAGGCACACUGAAAGAGACUUCAGCUGUUGCCACCUGUGACAGGGACACUGAAAGAGACUUCAGCUGUUGUCACCUGUGACAGGGACACUGAAAGAGAUGAGCACAGGAGGCGUGACGAGGGCCUCAUUUAAAACGCUGCACUUUCACCUACACUGGUUGUAAAGGAUAUGUGGGAAUCGGCCAGGCGAAGUCUGGCAGGAG